CUUCAUUUUGUAUACUAUAAUAGAGUCUUUAUUGAUGAAAAAAAAAAUUAUUUUAUUUAUGAAAUAAAUUUUACUAUAAAGUGAGAUAUUUUUAUUGAUGAAAAAAAAAUUAUUUUAUUUAUGAAAUAAAUUUUACUAUAAAGUGAGAUAUAAAAUUAGGUUGGAGUAUUUUUUACUCUAUAUUCAUUUUUAUUCUAUUUAGAAAAAAAUAGAGCAGAAAUGGAGAUACCCUUAAAAUUCUACGUAUAAGCAAAAAUAGAAUUUUAUGUAUACUAGAAUUUUAUGUAUUGAAUAAAGACAAAUCUACUUACUAAGAUAUCAGUAAGUGAGAAAUUAUGACAAGCCAUAUUUUAGCUAGAUAGCUUAUAAAUAAAGGAAGAAAAGUUGAAGAAGUAUUUGCAUUUUCUGAAAGUUGACAGAAUAUUAUUUUCUCUAAUAAGAGAGUGAUAAAAGAGAAGUUUACGAACACACCACCUAAUGAAAAAUAUACAUCUCUUGGCUUUCAUAAACUCACAAUAUUUUCGGCCUAAAGGCCAAACAAACACUUCAAGAGUUUGAUUAAUUUUAUCAUAUAGUUUUUCUUUACUAAUUAAAAUUUUCAUAUAGUUAGAUACUUACAUUACAUAGCUAAACAAAAGAGAAAAAUCAAUGCAUACGCUCACAUCACUGCAAAACGAAAAAGCCAAUAUCAAACUAUAUAUGUCCAAAAGUAGUCACAUGUAGAUCAUUCUUUUAUGUACUCAGCAAUAUUUUCGUUUGCGCCAAUUGUUAUAAAAUAUUAGACUUGGAUCCAUGUAUAUUUGUCUAUUUUGAUUUUUUUAUGAAACUAUAUGUCAAAAAGUAUAUAUUUUCCAAUUAAAAAAGAACUUUAGCCCAAAGAUUAACAAAUACUUUGAGGGCUCCAAUGCAAUGUUUGUAUGGACCAGCAUCAAAGACCGGUAGCCAGGGGUGAAUCUAGAACAUAUUAUUAGUGGGUGCGUAUAUUAGUACAUUAUUACAUAUACGAAUUAGUAGGACAACAUCAGAAAUAUACAGAAUUAAGAGGGUAUAAUAACAUUUUCAAUGGGUGCACAAUUGUGUUUUGGUUAAAUAGCAAAAUUUAAACAAAAUUCCUUAUAAAACUUUUUUUUAGAAAAGAAUGGGUGUACUUGCACUUUUAGUCCUCUACCUGCAUUCGCCACUGUCGGUGGCGAUAAACCAAGAAUAUUUUUUACCGAAAAUAAACUAUCAAUUUAAAAGAAACAAAACCCAAAAGUCUAGGAUUCUAACUUUGUUUUUGAAAAUCCUGAUAAGAAAUUUUACAAGCACUACUAGUGACUCUUUAGCAAUUUAGUGUACAAAUAAAUAUCUAUGAAAAAUUAACACGUAUCACAUAUACACCAUAUUUCCAUAAAUCUGCCACUAAACGACUUUUAGUUAAACAUACAUCAAGUGGUUUACUAUAGUACUUAACACUUUAAAUCAUACUAGCUACUACAAUCUAGUUAAAUUGUUCAAUAAAUUUGAUGUAAGAUAAACAAGAAGGUAAUCUGUGGAUAUAAUUUUUGGAUGGAGACAAAUCUUCGGAUAACAAACUUAACAUAAUUGACCAAAUAUUCUUUCGAUGAGUCUAAUGCAAGAAUAUCGUUGGUCAAAUAUAUGUGGUAUUUGAAUAUGGAAAGAGAUACUAAGCUUGAUUCUCAGUGAGAAUAAAUAAAUUUAACCGUUGAUUUGAUUGGACAAUGGUUAAUCGGAUAAUAUGUUGUUGAUUUAGAAUAACUUAAAUAUGGAAUUGGCCGUUUGGUAUAAAAACAAAAAGAAAUGCAAGAUUUUAACCUUAAAUGUUGAUUUCAUCAAUAAAAUAUGUUUUGGUAAAAUGAUUGAUAACAAUUGUGGGUAGAUUGCGAUUAUAGUUUGGUAGGAGAAAUUAAAAAAUAUUCAUUAAACAUUGUUUUGACGAUGAACUAAUCCGCAAUAAAAAUACUAAAUAACAAGUGAAACACACAUUUGCCAAUAGAGAUAGUGAGUCUCUACCAAUUAUAAGGAUAUGAUUAUUAUGAUCUACAAAUGUUUCAUAAAUCUAUUAGAAUUUAUGUACAAUUUUGACACCAAUUUUUCUAAGAUCAUUUUUAAAAGUAGAAUAAACUUAAAGAUUCAGUUAAAAUCUCCAACUUAAAAAAAAAUAUUGUCUUUAAUUUAUUUCUUCUAGGUUACACAGUAGUUGAAACAAAAGAAAACAUAUUAUGAGUAUACUUAUCUGUUCUUUAAGAAAAAAAAAAUUCGAAAGUGUUUACACUUUACUUAAAAUUUCUAUUAUCAAAGUAAUGGCUAUGUAAUUCCCCAAAAUUUUGUAUUCUCAUGUAAUAUGUCAAUUUAUUAGCAGUAAAACUAGGUGAUGUUAUUCGAUUAGAUUAAAGGAAACAAAAAGUAAUAAUAUAAAUUAUUUAUUUAUUAAAUAUGAAUUUUAGUUCAAUGUGAUUCUUUUUGAUGUUAAAAUAAUAUUGAAACAUAAUAAAAUGUAUAUGAUAAUAAUAUUUUAUUAAAUUUAUUCUUGUAUCUAUAGUAGGUAAACAAAAAGACAAAGAUUUUUAAAUUGGUUUGAGUACAUCGUAGAAAUGAAUCUACAUAUAAUAAAAUAUAAAAUAUAUCUUCUCAAAAUAAAUUAUAUUUUGCUUCUUAUUUUUUAACAAAAACAUAUAUUUUUCUUAGCUUAAACUUUUAUAUAUAUAUAUAUAUAUAUAUAUACACAUAAUUGGUACUCAGUACUUUGUAUAAGAGGUAGUAUAUAUCUCUAAUACGUAUUUGAAUGAAAUAGAAUUGGAAUGGCCUUUUAUUCUCAUUUGUAAAAUAUAGUAUGUAUGACCUUCUCCAAUAGAAAUAUAUAUUUUUUUCUUUAUAUUCCCAUUUAUAAAAUAAUUUUAUUUUGAAUUAUUUUCACACCACCAUUUUUUUUUUGAAAGAACGCACCACCAUUUUCUAUAUAACUGGUGAUUAGUUUGUGAAUUUACUAAAAAAAAUAUUGUUACAAACUAUAACAACAAAAAAUUACUUUCUGUGGUAGAGAACAAAUGGAUCAUAACGAUGGUGGAAACUCAAGCAGUGAACAUACUUCGGUAAAUGCCAAGAAAAGAGAGAAAAGAACUUAUCGUCGCCACACUUUUCAACAAACCCAGAGACUUGAAGCUUAUUUCAAGGAAUGUCCUAAUCCAGAAGAAUCACAACGGCUCAGUUUAGGUGAAGAGCUGAAUCUUGAGCCAGACCAAAUCAAAUUUUGGUUUCAAAACAAGAGAACUCAAAACAAAACUCAGAUUGAAAGAAAUGCUAACAUCUUACUUCGUGAAGAAAAUAAAAAGAUCAAAUGUGAAAACGAAGCUAUGCUAGAGGCUUUAAGGAUCGUGACUUGUCCAGAUUGUGGUGGUCCUCCUCUUGGUGUAGAACGCGGCCACAAUUUCCAAAACUUGAGUCUAGUAAACACUUUUCUCACAGAACAGCGUGACGAAAUGGCAAACACUGUAUCCAUGAACCAGCACCAACAAAACAUGGUGAACUUAUUCGCUUCUGUUCAGGGACAACAAAUCUUUGAUACUCACACCUCGUAUGGAACUAUUCCAAACAGUCUCAUGAACGAUCCAUCGAACUCAGUAGGAUCAUCAACUUCUCAAGACAUCCAACUACAACUGAUAUCCCAAAUGGAUAUAACGCAAUUGUCUGAAACUGCGACAAGAGCCGUUGAAGAGCUCAAGCGGCUAUUUGUUACGGAAGAUUUGUGGGUUAUGUCGUCUAUCGAUGGAACAUAUGUGAUUGACCAAGAGAGUUAUGAGAAGUUCUCGCACUCGAUCAAACAUUUCAGGAAAUUGAGUGCUCGUGUCGAGUCUUCCAAAGAUGUCACGGUGGUUCCUAUAGAAGCAACGAACUUGAUUGAAAUGUUCUUGGAUUCGGAAAAGUGGAAAAGUCUUUUUCCAACGAUCGUGGCCAAGGCCAUGACGAUUCACAAGCUCGGAUCCGAGCUUCCCAUCAACGAAAACUGCAAUAACUUGCAAGUGAUAUGGGAGAAACUACACAUUCUGUCGCCGCUAGUGCCACCAAGGGAGUUUAUGAUCGUCAGGUGCUGCCAAAAGAUCGAUGAAGGGAUCUGGAUUGUUGCUGAUGUGUCACAAAGAAUCGUUGACUCUGACCAAAUCAACUCUUUUUGCUAUAAACGUCCUUCUGGCUGUCUCAUCAGAGCAUUUCCCGGUGCUCACUCCGAGGCAUGUCUUCAUUGCCUUGAUCUCACAUGUUUCUCUAUUCUUAAAAUGUAUACGUUAUAUAAUUUGAAGUUAAACGAAAUAAUGCAGGUAACAUGGAUAGAGCAUGUGGAAGUUGACCAUAAACCCGAUGCACAUUGGUUAUAUAGAGAGCUUUUAUGUGGCGGCUCAGGAUACGGGGCUAAGCGUUGGACCACCACUCUGGAAAGAAUGUGUGAGAGGAUGGCUCUCUCCUCCAUCCUAACCAUUCCGGCUACUGACUGGAGCGAAGCUAUAGCGACAGUGGAAGGCAGAAUGAGUGUAAUGAAAUUAGGGGAAAGAAUGGUGAUGAACUUCAACGAGAUGCUGACCAUGUCCGGGAAAGUUGACUUUCCACAGCAGUCCAAAUGUGGAGUCAGAAUCUCGAUCAGGAUGAACCAUGACUCCGGUCAACCAUCCGGUUUAGUUGUCAGUGCUGCGUCUUCUUUCUCAGUUCCGAUCACUCCUUUGCAAGUCUUCGACAGCCUGCUAAACAAUGAGACUCGUCACCAGUGGGACGUUCUUUGCUAUCGAUCCGCAGUCUCUGUGACCGCUCGCAUUCUCACCGGAUAUAAUGAAAACAACUACAUCACCAUUCUCCAGCCCACACAAAGAGAGGAUGAUGUCAUAUCUAUGUCACAAGGCCCAACGAGGAACAUGAUGAUGCUACAAGAGUGUUACAUGGACGCAUUAGGAGGCAUGAUAGUAUACGCUCCUCUCGACAUGGCUUCAAUGAGUCUCGCUACUUCAGGUGAAGUCGACCCUUUGAAAAUUCCAAUCCUUUCUUCUGGUUUCACCAUCUCAAACGAUGGCCGGCGAUCCAUGGUGGCUGAGGAGGGUGGAACUAUACUCACGGUGGUCUUUCAGAUCCUUGUCUCUGAAGACAGGAGGAUAAGAGGGCUGACUGAGCAGUCAGUGGACACGGUGACGAGUUUGAUCAGCUCCACUGUUCGAAACAUCAAGCUCUUGCUCAAUUGUCCUCUUGAGUGAGAAUGGAAGAUUCUCCUUUUCUCUUUUUUUUUUUUACAACUGUUUGAGAUGUUUUUAUUUAUUUUUGGAUUUUGCAUGAUUUUCUAUUGGUUAUGAUGAUUUUUAAGGACAUGUUUAUGUUUUUAAUUUUAUUUUUUUCGGACCUUUUGGUUGGUUAUAAUAAUUAUCCCAUCGUUUGAAUGAUAUAUGUUUUGAUUGUAAUGUUAAGUCAUUGCUCAGCAAAGCAAAUGAGACUAUUUUCGUUUCACAAAAAAAAUGGAAAUAUUUUCAAAGGAAAAAGAAUUUUGUGAACUCGAAAACAACACCAUAUAUUGAUGAAUUCGUAUAUAAAAUGUUUGAAAUUAGAGAAAUAGAUAAAUGGUGAAAUUAUUGUUAGCUAUAUGUAGAACUAAAAAACAGUUCAAAAACAUAUAAACACUUUUUCAAAAAAAACAAACAUAUAAACAUACUGAAAAAAUCAUAACACUGUCUUUGUCAAGUGUUAGUCCUUCAUGCAUUCUCAAAUGAACCAAAAUAUAGAUGCAUAUUACUAAUAUUUUUCUUUUAUUUAUAAACGAGUUAGUACGAAUUACUCAAAUAUUUUUUGUCCAAAAUAAUUACAACACCAU